UUCGCGCAGGCGGUAACGUCGCUCCGCGGGAACACGUCGCGUCGUCUAUUUUCGUUCGGCCGAUACGACCGGCGGCGACGACGCUGUGACACGUUUUGAACGUACGCAACGAGAGAGUGUCAUAUUCGGGCGAUGAGCAUCAUCCGCGAUUACAAUGACGUAGUAGCGCAGGUUUCGCGGCGUCCUCACGUUCCGACGGCUCAGCGGCGAGAUUAACGAGACCGUUCGACGGAUCCGGAUCGCGGACGGCUGCGGCGACAAAACUUGGACCUAUCGACGGCUGAUCCUUCGCACGGACGAUCGAACGGACUUCCUGGAGAUGGAGCGUAAUCUCUGUUCACAGUCGCGGUGCGAACGCGACUGUUGACACCGCGCGCGACGGCAAGUUCUCGUCCGACUCACGGACGGAGGAUCCCUCUCCCCGACGACGGCGUUGUCAACGCGUUGUCCCAGCGGCAUCGAUCAACCGGCCGUGCGAGAGUGCGAGUCUUUCUCCGCAGCACUCAGCCAACACGAAACGCGACUCACGAGACGCGAAGCGAGCUCGUGAGAGAGCUGCUCAAACCCGGCCGUCGCUCCGACGACGUUUCGCGUCGCGUCGCGUCGCGUCGUGUCGCCCCGCGUCGCGUCGCGCCGCGUCGCGCCGCGCCGCGCCGCGCUUCCGCGUCCCCGUGCAAUGGCAGACGCUCCGCGAAUCGGUCGCCCCGCGGGUCCUCGACGAGCGAGAGCGACGGGAAAAGAAGUCGCACGCGCGUCCCGUCAGUGAUCGACGACUACCACGGCGUCGUAUAUCGACACGCCGGAAGUGCCGUUACGAGUCUGUUGUGUGGCGCGUAAACGCGCGAACGAGGAGAAAGAAGAAGAAGAAGAACGUUGUUGGAGUGCGUUCUUCGGGAUACAACUCGAUAAUGCGCGAGUGCUGAUCAGCGCGUCCCAGGUGUCUCUCCGCCUGAUCCUCGACGUCGUCGUCGUCGUCGUCGUCGUCGUCGUCCGUGUGUGCGCACGGCCACGCUCCAGACACCACGGAGAAUAGAAAGAGCAGCACGCACGGGGUCAACCCUCGGAUAUGUUAACGAAGAUGUGCGGCGGCGGCGGAUUGAUCGACCGGUUGCUCUUGUUAGCGGCGUUCGGAAUCACAGUCCAAGGCCAGCUGAAAAGUCCACGGAUAACCGAGCACCCGUCCGACAUAAUAGUCGCGAAAAAUGAGCCGGUGACGUUGAACUGCAAGGCGGAGGGCAAGCCGGAUCCGGUGAUAGAGUGGUACAAGGACGGCGAGCUUGUGCAGACGUCGCACAAGGGUGACACCAAGUCGCGGCGAGUCCUGCUGCCUACGGGAUCCCUGUUCUUUCUGCGCGUGAUGCACGGCAAGAAGGAGCAAGAUGGCGGGGUUUAUUGGUGCGUCGCGAGGAAUCAGGCAGGAUCCGCCCCGAGCAGAAACGCCACUCUCACGGUCGCAGUGCUGCGAGACGAGUUCCGCGCGGAGCCGCAGAACACGAGAGUCGCCGCCGGGGAGACCGCGCUACUUGAGUGCGGACCACCUCGCGGCCAUCCGGAGCCGACUCUCCAUUGGAAGAGGAACGGUCACAUAAUAGACCUGGAAGCGACGAAACGGAUAACUCUCGUGGACGGGGGCAACCUGAUGAUAUCCGACGUGAGGCAAACCGAUCAGGGCAAAUACCAGUGCAUCGCCGAGAAUAUGGUCGGCGCCAAGGAGUCCGCGAUAGCGACUCUCACGGUUCACGUGAAGCCGUUCUUCUUAACCACGCCGUCGAACCAGACGAUCCUCACGGAUCAGACGGCGGAAUUCGCCUGCAGGGUGGGCGGCGACCCACCGCCGGAGAUCCUGUGGCGGCGGAGCGACGGCAAGAUGCCCAUAGGUAGGGCGCACAUCCUGGACGACAAGAGUCUACGCAUCGAGCGGGUGAAUCCCCAAGAUCACGGCACGUACAUCUGCCAGGCCGAGAACGGCGUCGGCACCAUAUCAGCGAGCGCCACUCUUACCGUGCAUUCGAAGCCAGUAUUCACCAACUUCCCCAAGGACGAGACGGUGAGCGCCGGCACCGACGUCACCAUCUCGUGCGCGGCUCGCGGCGCCCCGAAGCCGUCGAUAUUCUGGACCCGGGAGGGCUCUCAGGAGCUAAUGUUCCCCGGCAACACGUAUCAAAGCCAUUACACCGUCACGGAAGACGGAAGCCUGAGUAUCAAGGCCACCGUCAGGAAAGACGAAGGCCACUACGUGUGCAGCGCCAUCAGUCAGGCCGGUGCUAGCACCGCGACCGUAUUUCUUCAGGUGACGUCCGUGGAGGAGACGCCGCCGCCCAUAAUCGAGCUGGGGCCCGCGAACCAGACGCUGCCGCUGAAGAGCGUCGCCUCGUUGCCGUGCCGCGCGGUCGGUACACCCACGCCGCGGGUUCACUGGCACAAGGAAGGCGUGCUCGUACGGCCCGGCGGCCGUAUCACGAUGGCCAUCAACGGCACGCUGUUUAUCGACGACCUGCGCUCCAACGACUCCGGACUGUACACCUGCAUCGCCUCGUCCGAGUCCGGCAACACGUCCUGGUCGGCGUACCUGACGGUGAGUGCCGGCGCGAGCUUCCACAGAACGCCCGACAUAUCGGCCCUGCCGCAGAACCCGAGCAAGCCGCGGAUAGUGAACGCCACCAGCAAUUCCGUCACCCUCACGUGGAGCCCGGGUCACGAGGGUCAGAGCAAGAUCCUCGGCUACAACGUCGAGUACUACAGCAGCAACCUGAACACCGGCUGGGUGGUGGCGGCCACUGGUGUUCUCGACGACAUCUAUACGGUGACAGAUUUAAGGCCGGAGACCAAUUACGUCUUCCUAGUACGAGCGGAAAAUAGCCACGGGCUCUCGCUACCCGGGCCGCUGUCCGACGUGGUGCAAACUACUAACGUAAAUCAGCAUACGGUACCGCAAGUGGAACUGACUCGUGCGAGAGAUCGGCUAAACAGCGAGAUUUUACAUCUCAAAGAGGUGCAAGCGCUGAGCAGCACGAGCGUAAAGAUCAUGUGGGACAUCCUCGGUGCGGCGGAUCUAGUGGAAGGUCUUUAUAUACGGUAUCGCGAGGUAUCUGAGAAACCGGAAUAUCAGAUGGUCACGGUGCUCAACGCCGGCGCCACCAGUUACGUGCUGGCCAGCCUAAGAAAGUACUCGCGUUACGAGUUCUUUCUCGUUCCCUUCUACAAGAUUAUCGAGGGCCGACCGAGCAACGUGAAGCUGGCCACCACGAUGGAGGACGUGCCCUCGGGCGCACCUGAGAACGUCCACGUGGGCAUGAUAAACAUGACCUCGGCGUACGUUCGGUGGUCACCGCCGCCCAAGAACACUCAGAACGGCCAAUUGAUCGGUUACAAGAUCCAGAUCAAGAGCAACAGCAGCAACAAGAUCCUAGGUCAAAUGUCGCUGAACGCGUCCACGACGUCGGUGAUCAUCAACAGCCUCAACACCGGCGGACUGUACACGGCGCGGGUGGCCGGGCUGACGCGCAUCGGACUCGGCCCCUUUUCCAGCCCGACGUUGCUGAACAUGGACCCGGGACAAUUGACGCAACUGCCACCGCGCACCGACCCCAGCCACGGGGACGCUUCGGUCGUACGAGAGACGUGGUUUCUGGUGCUGAUGAUCACGAUGGUGUUCACCGUGAUCGCCGUGUUGCUGGCCGCCUUGUACGUCAGGCGCAGGCAAGCAAUGAGCAAGCAACUGGGCCACCUGAACGUGCCCGUGGGCACGGCGAACGACAUCUGCCAAUUGAACAAAGACACCCUGUGGCUGGAGCGCGGCUGGAGACCGACUAACAACACCCUCCAGGGCACCACCGACAAAGACUGCGAGACCAAGCUGUUGAGCAAUCAGCACAUGCUCGCUGCCGGCAUAAUGGGCAUGGCCGGCUCGGAAUACGCCGAGGUGAAUCUCACGACGUUCUACAACACGCGCAAACAGAUGCAGGCGCCACCUCCGGAGCCGUAUGCUACCACAACCCUGUGCGUAGGCAGCCGCAGUCCCGACUCGAUCGAGACCAGCGGUCAGAAAUCCAAUUCGAGCGACUCGUGCCUGAAACCGGACUACUCGAGCUUGGACUCGAAUCAGGAGCCCAACAACAAGUCCACGGUGUCACCUAGUAGCGACAACAUGAGCGCCGGCGCCUACACGGACGAGAACGCGGAUGUGCAAAGGCGGCAAUACAGAAUAGCCGGCGCGAGCGGCGACGCGCCCUCGCAAACAGCUAUGCCUAACUGGUGCGACAUGUUGCCACCGCCGCCUGAGCACCCGCCUCCGCUCAGCGGCUCGAUAGUCGGUCGGAUGCAUCAGCAUCAGCAUUCGCAGCAACAACAGCAGCAGCAGCAGCAGCAGCAAGUGCCGUUCAGUCCGCAUCUUGGCAAGAGAAGCGUUCAGAACGACCUGGACCACUGCGGCUCCGGCUCCGGCUCCGGCAAUUCGCAGAGCCCGCCCACUCCGCCCAUCAGGGUGACCAACAGUUUCAGUCCGUCGCCUACACCUUGGAACGGGCAAAGCCAGUAUGAGCCGGGCGCUCUCCAAGUGCCGGGUGCUAACCUCUCGGUUCAACAAGGCAGAUACACGACGUUACCGCCGCAGACAAACCCGCCGCCGUUGCCCUCGUUCCCUCAGGGUUACAAUCAUUACGACUAUAAGAACCAGGAGAACGAGUACGAGAGCGGCUCGGUCAUCUACGGCCAUCAGAACGGCCUACCCGACGACUACGGCGCCCACGAGGCCGGGUUCGCGCGCUCCAGCCAGCCGCAUCUGACCUCGUCGGCGGCGAGUGACGAUCUAUACCGGCACAAGGACGAGAUGUUCCACAACGACAAUCUGUACCAGCCCGAGAACGACGAGUGGGACAGGAAGUCCUGCGACUCCAACACGCACUCGGACGCGUGCUGCUCGUGCUCGGAGUCGAGUUGCCUGUACGCCGACACGAUCGAGUACAACAACGCGCAGUUUGGCACCGCGUGCGGCCACAGCGCCGCCAGCAGGACGGGCUCCCGCAGCAGGAGCAACAGGAGUCCGCGGAGAAGAAACAGAACGUCCUCGCCCACGUACAGCAGCGACAGCAACUACUCCUGCAUCCCGCAGAAGCAAUGCGGAAGCACGAAUUCGCAGGAGAGAUUGAGGCAUAAUCGCAGCAAAGACAAACUGCCGGGCUUCUCAAGGACGGCUGGUUACACCCAGCACAAUUCCUCGGCCUCCAACACGAUGAGCAGUACAGGCAGUCAGCGAUACAAUAAGCUAAAUAGUAUCUUUCUAAGUGGCAAUAAUCCGAACGCUCCGACGGAGUCUAGUCGACUGGGUGAGCACCGUGGCGAGAGCUAAAUUCCCCGGGCACUAGUAAGUACCGGAGGAACGGGAGACUACGACGACGACGACGAAGAGGAAGACGAAGAGGACGGAAGGGACUAGUGUGCCUGAACGAACGGCCUUCGGUCACAACGAACGGAUCAGAAGCGGGCGCGCUCAAGCUCGCGCGCACGCGAGAGGAGGCCGUUUCGCAGUCAGAGCUACGUCGCGCUCGCGAGUACGGCUCGACCGUUUACGCUUGUAUACAAUUGUAGUCGAGACACUUGGUGGAACCCGCGGGCGCUGCGCACCGCGCGAUUCGAUUCGUCGAGUUCAAGACACGCGCGGCUCGCCCAGCUGCAACGCGCGGAACACACGCGUUCGAAGAAACGAUCAGGCUCGCGUCUCGAGUAAGCCUCCUUAACGUAAAAUCCAUCGAUAAGAAGGCUAACAUGAGACAACCCGCGCGAGACACUCGGAUGACUGACGGAGACCUGGGUGGGGAAGAAGCGGGAGGGGGUUCUUUACGUUCAGCCGCGAUCGCACGGCUACGAGAGAGACACCAUGGCUUAAGCUUCGCAGGGGUAUACAGCCUAAUUCCCGCGUUCGUGCGGCGCGCAAUAACGGUCCUCUGCCACGGGCAAGAAGAGCGCGACUUGGAGAGGUGAGAGGAGAAGAGGGAGAGACUUCGACGCGCGCGACAGUAGCGAUUACGGCGAGAAGCGCUUCGAUGACCACGCUGAUGGGUACUCCCUCCCUCCCCCCUCCCCCCUCCCCACCUCUGUUAUACAUAUAUAUAUAUAAAUACACGCGUCGCACUCGAUCGAGUUUGUUGGCAUACUCGGACAAGGGCUUUCAAGAAACAAAUAAAAAAAAGAUCGCGAGGAGGAGGAGGCAGCGGCGGUGGCGGCGGCGACGGCGGCGUGCGCGUAGUAUUAAUUUUCCCUUCGGGCGAACUUCGAGCCAAAUAGACUGAUUAACGUUAUAUCAUCCGGACGCUUGCUUGGUCUCUUUGCGUUGCGCGUUUUUCGUUCAUACGACUUGACGCCGGCGAGAAGCGCGCGAGAGACGCGAUCCCGAUUAUCGAGCAAUACUAGGGAGGAGAGGAAGAGGAGGAGGAGUAGGCGCGCGCGGGUGAGCUUCUCUCGCGAGGGGAAUCGCGAGCGCGAUUUGUUCUAUCGCCCCUUAUAUACGAAUGACGAGGAAUUUGGAUUUCCCGAGCGGCUACGCCGAGGAGUGUACGUGUGCGUGUGUAUGCGUGUGUAACGUAAUCGUUUCUACGCUCUCGACUGCCAUAUUAUACUGCCAUUCCCGCUGAUAUCCUGCGCGCAUCGAGUAAGGAUACUCUAAGGUUAGUUUAAUUAAGUUAUUUCUCGCGCACGCUCUUUUGGAAAUAAUCGCCUAGUUUCAGCUCGAGCGCCGGAGACGCUGUGUGAGAGAGAGAGAGAGAGAGAGAAUGUGUGUGUGUGUGUGUGUGUGUGUGUGAGAGAGAGAGAGGCACCAGACGACGACGACGACGUCGAAGGUCCUCGCGCGCAGCCGCUGUGGGAUUAAAAUAUUUAAAGCGCACGAGUGUCAGCGCGUGGACGUUUCAAAGACUUUUCGACACGGCGAUAGCGCAAACGGAAAGAGAAGGAGGGAAAGAGAGAAGAGAAGAGAAAGAAGAUGAGAACACACGGGUAACGGGUCCCCGUGAAUAACGGACUAGGUGCGCUCGGGACGCGAACAAAGGACUCGUGUCGCGCAAGGCGCGCGUAUGGAUUAGGCAAAUAGAGCUCGUCGCAAUUCGCCGACGCGGGAGAUAAUCCUUUCGUUACGACGGCUUACGAUAUAGCUCCGCUCUCCGGCCGAAAAGUCUCUCGACACACCGCUGUCGCAAGACCGAAAAGUAAUCUCGCGACCGGCGGAGAUACAGCACGCGCGCGCGCGCGCACGGAGCCGCUAAACGAGUUCCUGCGAUGCUAAGCCCGUCGCGGCAAUAUCUCUCACUGCCGUCGGAGAAGCCGCUCUGGUUUCGAUUAAAUUUUCGUUGAUUUUAAUAUUGCGCGACGUUUUAUUACUAUUGAGAUCAAUGGCCUCGUAUUUUACGCUCGACGCGGACGGUUGUUGUUGCUGUUUCGAGCGCUCGGCGAGAAUAUGCUCCGGCAGGUGUUGAUAGUCGUGGCGAGAGGAUUAACACGUCGCGCUCGCGAUAAGAGACUAUUCGCGCUCGACCGACCGAUCUUUUACCGUUGUAAAGUGUGGCAUUUAUUUUCGACUGCCUGUACAUUUCUGGCCACGACAAAUGGAGCAUAUAUUAUUUUGGAUAUAACGUUCCUAAAUCCUAAGGCGACCGAGGGCUAAUUUCUACAAACGGCGACGUAUAAUUCUUCCAAAACGAACGCACGUAGUAAUACACGUUAAACGAAACGAAGUAACAAUAAACGCGGAAUAUACAUAUAUAUAUAUACAUAAUUAUCAUAUCACUUAUGCGAUCCCUGUAUAAAGUGUACAAAGCUACUCUAAACGAGAGUUAGUCAUUAGUUAUUAAUUUAUACGCCGUAUCAAUCGAACUUAUACUACGUAAGCGGGAGAGAGAGAGAGAGAAGGGCGGGAAGGAGAGGAAGAAACGAGAAAAAGACGAGAUAUCUCAAUGUGUACUCCAUUAAUAGCACGCGAGUGAGGGAGAAUGUUUUCUCGCCGGAGGAAAAAUGUGCGCUUCGAAGCUGUCAACGAUACCGCCGGGUGUAAAAAAAAACGUCUCGUUCUCGAAUGCGCGUACCUGACUCUCCGAUUUCAUCGAACAUCUCCUUCGCCAUCAACGCGGUCUAAUUCGUCCUUGCGGAACGGAAUCAUACACGGAAGGAAAAUCUCAAUUCCCCAAUAGAGCGAGCAGACGAAAGCUCUCAGGAGACGACUUAUCUGUCCACCCACUACCGCGAGCGGAAGCCCGCGUCUGAGCAUCCGACUGCUGAAAAACUCGCCUCGGACAACUAAGAGGAUAAUUAAGUACGAUCUCGUGUGCGAAAUCUCCAGACGGAGGAAAAUCCGUUUGUAGGGGCAGAAAAAUUCCCAUUAGAGGGACUUUCUCAACCAGCCCAUCGCCGCCGGUUGCCUCAACCGAGUUCCUCGAGCAGCCAAAUGCUUAGACGAGUGCCUCCGCGACAGCAAGGAUAUUAUUAUUACAUCCGAGUCGUGAGCUUCCGUCUGGUCGCCGUUUAGUUACGCGAACCGAGGUCUCCUCUUCCGUGCGGACACCGUGAUGAGAGAGACCUAUGUAACACGGUAUACGCUGCACCAACGUGCGAUAAAUCAUAGAAAUUUGUUCAUGCCGGCUGUUUUUCGUCGUCAGCGUGUUAUCAUUGCCGUCGGAGCUAGCGUUUUCAGCGAGGAUAAAGGAGAUUCGUCACCUCACUGCGCACAGCCAGAUCUGUCGCGGCAGAUUUUGCGAAGUGUUCGCGCGCGACUCUGCUGGCAGCACGCCAGCGGGAAGCCUAACAGGAAACCGCUUAACGGAGUGCAGCAAUGAGCAGAAUCCGGCGUUUCGUAAUCGUUUAAACGCGUUUAAGCGGAAUAUACUACUACGGCGGACUCCCCGCUCGCAUCCCCGCCGUUGGCCCACUUCCGAGCGCGAACUUAACGGCUGAUGCACCGUGAUACUCCGGACGAACUGCUGCCAAGCUGCCAGCGAGAGACCGUCGACACUUGACUUAUCUGCCGGAUAAGAAAGACAGUUGUUGAAGCGGACACUAGGAGUAGCGAAAGCGACAACGCGCGUUUUAGCGACUCGUACUUUCAAAGCGAUACUUAAGCUCUUCUAUUUUUUCUCACUGUACGUUCGUCGUCCGACUGUGCGGAUCGCCGAGCUUCGAUCGUCGAGAAGCCGCGGCCAACAAAGUACAGUCUGUAAAGUAAGAGCGUGCACGGGUUAAUGUGUAGAAAAAUUUAUUUUUAAUGAUUUUUAAGUACAUGGAUUUGUUGUACUCCAUGAGAAGAAAAAUGCUAUACCAUUAAUAAUGAGUCCAGUCAGCACCGGCAUUGAU